AUGGCUACUGCGGAAGAAGUCCGUGCCCUGAGAGAGCAGUUGCAGGCGUUGAUGGAUGCUCAGAAAACUGUUGCUGAGCAGAGACAGCCGCCUAUUGAUGAGGCAUUUACUCCACUGUACCAGUACCAGGAGCCGCCUAGAGUCAACGCAAAUAAUUUCGAGCUAAGGGCUGGGUUGAUCACCAUGGUACAACAGAAACAAUACGGAGGUAGUGCCGCAGAGGAUCCCAACGUGCACUUGAGGCAGUUUCUGGAGUUGUGCAGUACUAUAAAGAUGAACGGCGUAGCAGAUGAUAUCAUUCGCCUUCGCCUAUUCCCCUUUUCACUGCAGGACAAGGCUAAGUCAUGGUACCACACUCUGCAAUUAGGUGCCAACCCUGCAUGGGAAGAGGUGGCACACCUAUUUCUACGAAAGUUUCACCCUCCUGGUCUCACUUUGAAGCUGAAGAUGGACAUCGUUCAGUUUCAGCAAUUUGAAGGUGAAUCAUUAGCAGAAACAUGGGAACGAUAUCAAGAGAAAUUGAGGAAGUGCCCGUCCCACGGCUUUGAUGAAGGGACUCUAGUCGUCAUGUUCUAUAAUGCUUGCGGAGAGCGCACGAGGAUGUUCAUGGACACAGCAGCUGGAGGCUCCCUACUCAAGAAGGGAAGCGCAGAAGCGAUGGAGAUCAUAGAAAGUAUGGCGGCUACCAGCUACCAAUGGCCGUCCGAGAGGGUGCAGCUGAAGAAAGUUGAUGCGGCAUCUAGUUCAGAUCCUUUGGCAUUGAUAUCGACUCAGCUGGCAGAGCUGAACUCAAAAAUUUCAGCAAUGUCUAUGGGAAAUCCUGAACCAGCUGUGGAGGAUCCGACAGGCGUAGAAGACGCCAACUUCAUUCAUGGGAGGAACUUUGGGAACUUUCAGCGUGGACAACAGAGUGGCUACAAUAGAGGACAACAAUAUCAGCAAGGAGGUCGCUCACACUCGAAUUUGUCAUACGGGAAUCCCAACAAUGCAAUUCAACCUCCACCAGGCUUCUCGGUUACCAACGGAGUGAUAAAUGAAGAGAAGAAGCCGAAUCUUGAGGAGUUGCUAAUGAAGUUCAUGUCCAAGUCCGACGAGAGGAUGGAGAAGUUGGAGUCCAAUGCUGUUGCUGUGGGGACCCAGAUGAAGAUGUUCGAGACCCAAUUGGGUCAACUGGCCAAUGCUUUUACAAAUCUACACCAACAAGGUCAGUUUCCGAGCAAUACAACUGUUAAUCCCAAGGAGCAUUGCAAGGCAAUCAAUUUGAGGAGUGGGACUACUUAUGAGGGACCCAAGAUGCCUGAGGACGAGAUCGUGUCGCCAGUUGAUGAGAAAGAAGCUGAGGAGGUCACCGUUGAGGACAUCAUCUCGAGAAAGAAGAGGUUGGGAGAGUUCGAGACGGUGAACCUCAAUGAGGAGUGCAGCGCAAUCUUGCAGAAGAAGCUCCCAGCCAAGCUUAAAGAUCCAGGCAGCUUCACUAUUUCCUGCAUCAUUGGAGGCCAGCAGUUUGGGAAGGCGCUCUGCGAUUUGGGGGCAAGCAUUAAUCUCAUGCCCCUAUCUAUUUUCCAGCGGUUGGCUAUUGGAGAGAUGAAACCGACGUCGAUUGCGUUGCAGAUGGCAGAUAGGUCGGUGACAUAUCCACGAGGGAUAGUGGAAGACGUGUUGGUGAAGGUCAAUGAGUUCAUAUUCCCUGCUGAUUUUGUGGUGUUGGAUUUUGAGGAGGACAAGACCAUCCCGUUGAUCCUAGGGAGACCGUUCUUGGCCACAGGAAGAGCCUUGAUAGAUGUGGCUAAUGGGGAGCUCACUUUGAGAGUGAAUGAUGAAAACCACACUUUCUCCAUAUAUCGAGCUUUGAAGUUUUAUGAUGAGAAGGAAGACAUUGACAUGGAGGAGUGCAAGUUGCUGAGCCUAGUUGAUUGCUAUGACACACCAUCUUCAUGGAAGGGUCUCGGCGACCCUCUUGAGGCUUGCAUCUCUCAUUUCUUUUUCUCUGCUGAUUUUGAUUUUCCUCUUGAUAUGCAUUUGUUUUCUGAUCAGUUAUUUGAGUGUUGUAGUGCAUUGGAGAGUGUAGCAGAGAUUGCACAUAGGAAAGGAUGA